AUGGUAUUGCGCUGUGCGUGGGGAACCUGUAAUGUUGAUGAGAGAUAUCCUGAGAGGUUACAGAACGGUGUUAAGCUUAUUUUGUUCCCAAAACCGAAAACUAAUCUCCAGAAAUGUCUUCGGUGGAUCAAGGCCUGCGGACGUCCACACGAACAGUUGAACAUUCAGAGAAUAAACAAACACAAAGCUGUUUGUUCAAAGCAUUUCGUGGGAGGUAAUGGACCAACUGUGGAAUUUCCUGACCCAUUACAAGCUGAUGGAUCAGCUGUUCGACCAACCAGGCCACUUCGCAAACGGUCUAGCACAUACGCUGAGAGUAACCCAGUUUCAAAGAAAAAAAGAAUUCUAAGUACAACAGAUAUAGAAGAACAUGGAGAAGAUGUGAACUCAACAACAGAAACUGAAACGUCAAACAACAUCAACAGUAGUAGCAACAUAUCUGUACAAACAGAAGAACCUUGGAUUUCUCCAAUUGAGAUGUUUGCAAUGGCCACAGAGCUACACAUGUUAAGAGAAAAAGAGACGCAGUACGAAGCUACAAUCUGCACUCUGAAAGAGGAAAUAAAGGAACUUAAAGACAAACUAUCAUCUGAGGAUCAGAAGCCAUCGUUUGGAGUCGACGAAGUGAUAAGAAGAGAGGGAAAAUUGAAAAAUUUGUUUAAAUAUUACACUGGCAUUGUAUAUAUAAGAUUUGCUGGUCUCUUGGCAUUUUUAGUUUCAGAUGAAUCCUCAGUAAAUUAUGAAAAAGGUCGAAAAGACAUUAAAAAGUUGUCACUGCAAGAUGGACUCUUUUUAACUUUAUGUAGACUGAGACAUAACUUUGGUUUGAAAGAUUUGUCAGUUAGGUUCAAACUAUCACUGCAGUCAUCUGGAAUUGUAUUUAAUACUUGGAUUUCAUUGAUGUAUUAUAAGUUGGGCCAACUUUGUAUUUGGCCUCAUUGUGAUGUUAUUAUUAAUAACAUGCCUAAAGAUUUUAAAAAUGAUUACCCCACUACUUUGGUAAUUAUUGAUGGUACUGAAUUUAGAACACAAGCACCAUGUGCACUUGGUUUGCAAAGUCAGCUUUACAGUGAUUAUAAGUCUAGUACUACUUUGAAAGCUUUAAUUGGUUGUGAUCCAAAUGGUUCAGUGAUUUUUGCAUCCGAAUUGUUUACAGGAUGUAUAUCAGAUAAACAAAUUUGUGAACAGUCUGGAUUUUACAAUGUUCUUGAAUCACUAAAAUUAAAAGGUUAUGUAAAAGAUGGGGAUGCUAUUAUGGCUGAUAAAGGGUUUACUAUUAGAGAGGAAUUAAGUAAUUUAAAUUUGGUAUUGAAUAUUCCACCAAUGGCUUCUUCAACAUGCCAGAUGUCAGUUUCAGACACUGUGCUUACUGAGAAGAUUGCUAAGCAUCGUGUGCACAUUGAAAGACUUAUCGCAAAGGUUAAAAUUUACAAAAUGCUUUCUGUUCGCAUUCCUACAUCAUUAUUUAAAAACAUUAACAAAAUUUGGUCUGUAUGUUGUCACUUGACACUAUUUCAUGAUGUGUUUGUAACAGACAGUAAACAUGGUAAAUAGUCUACUUUUUUUACGAGUUAAGCAUUUCAGUGUAUUGACACAUAUCAUUGACUUUGGCAUUUAACUUGUGAUGCGGAUAAUUUAUAUACAUCAUUUAAAAAUUAUUAGCAAAUUUUCCAACUGCAUUUAUAUUUAAAUAUUUAUUGUGGUUAUUGUAAACAUGUACCUGAUAUGACAGUAUUGAGCCUAUCUGCACAUCACCAAGGGGGGUGUUUACUAAUGGGUGAUCUGCAGACACAGUAUAUUCCAGAGGGGUUCCUUUUAGUGAACUCAGCUGCAGUAUGUCAUUUUUGGACACUUUGGGUAGACUGAUAUUAAAAUAUGACGUAUGAAUUAAUAUUUUUUCAAGUUGUGAUUUUUUUGUACAUUAUUAUUAUU